ACAAUGAACUUCCGCCCAGCUCACUUUUUCUGCAUCAUCAAAGUUGGCAGCAAAAAACAUCCAAAGUUAGUAAAGUUCCAACAGAGCUGAGAGUUGAAGGAGCCGAUUAUUGACUGACAUCGAUAUGGUUUCUCUGACGAUGAUCGCGCGUGUGGCGGACGGACUGCCGCUGGCCGCGUCCAUACAGGAGGAUGAGCAGUCUGGAAGAGACCUCCAGCAGUACCAGAGUCAAGCCAAGCAGCUGUUCCGCAAACUGAACGCCCAGAGCCCGGACCGCUGCACCCUGGAGGCCGGGAGCAUGAACUUCCACUAUGUGAUAGCACAGGGUGUGUGCUACUUGUUCCUCUGUGAGGCUUCCUGUCCCAAAAAGAUGGCUUUUGCAUACUUAGAGGACCUCCACACGGAGUUUUAUGAGCAGUAUGGAAAAAGAGUUCCCACAGUGACAAGGCCUUACUCUUUCAUUGAAUUUGACACAUACAUCCAGAAAACAAAGAAGUCCUACAUUGACGGCAGGUCCAGGAGGAACUUGGGCAGCAUUAACUCGGAGCUGCAGGAUGUGCAGAGAAUUAUGGUGGCGAAUAUUGAGGAAGUUCUGCAAAGAGGAGAAUCUCUGUCUGCUCUAGACACCAAAGCCAGCAAUCUCUCCAGCUUGUCCAAGAAGUACGGCAGUGAUGCAAAGUACCUCAACACCCGCUCCGCCUAUGCCAAAGUUGCCGCUGUGUGUGUGUUCUUUCUCACGCUCAUCAUCUAUGUGCGUUUCUGGUGGCUCUGAUGGACUCUCAACUGGCACUCAUGAGGGAGGUGUAUGAUCUUGAAAACAAACGUUUUACUUCAAACUGUUACAGUUCUGUUAUUCACAAGGGGGCCUUAGAGGGAUCAUAUUCAUUUAAUUUCAUAUUCAUUUCCUGUCUGAGGUAGAAACUUGUGUUUAUGCUUCAAGUUGCAUUAUGCUUAUUGAUAAACUGAGCCAUAGGUCUGCGAUUGGACUUUAUUAUUCAAGGCAUUUAUGUUCCUGUGAACUGGAAUAACAAGAGCAGAGUGUUGAUCGUUCAUCAAUGUUUACACUGUCAGAGGGGUUUCUUUCAGAGUAUCAGUAUUCAGGAGAACCAUGUAUGCAAAAGGAGAGGCUGUGGUGAAGUCUUAAUAUUGUGAUAAUUGAAUGUUUAUUGUUUCUAAAGUUUACAUUGUAAAAAAAAAAAGAUUAAAUAUUUAUCAAGUUA